AUGAAACAACCGUUCCCGUCAUUUGAUAAAGAGAAUGUUAAUUUUCUAAAUCAGCCAUGCAAAGAGUUUCCAAUGGAAGGAAUAUCAAAAGCACAGUUAUCCACUCAAGGAGAGUGUCAAUCUGCUCAACAUAGAACAUUUCUGAGUAAUCAAUCUAGAAGAAAUGAUCCUGAAGUAGCACAAGCCAUUUUGAAAGAUCUUAGGUAUGACUUAAAAGUCCAGGAAACUAUCUCCAGACUUGCUAACAAAUCAGGGACCGGAUCAUAUUCAAAUUCUUUCAAAUUUAAUAAAAUUUUAAAAGAGUUUAACAGCAGAGAAGACUACAUUAAUUGCAUUCUUGAAGUUCCUUUUAAUGAGUCUCAGAGUGAAGUAAAGAAGCAGUCGUAUAAAUACUCAGCUUCCUACCUGAACCCACGGCAUAUCAGAAAAGAAAGUUCUCCUAAAUAAACCCAAGAAGAGUAGACAGACUUCUUUGGCUAAAGCACAUAAGAGAUCGAUGGAUAGCAGUAUUGAUAAUAAACCCCAAAAACUCAGGAACCGUAGGAAUAAAUCUAUGUGAAACCAGGACUUAACCAGUGUCAAAAUUGAGCCAAUACGCAAACCUCUAAAUUAUAACAGGAAGCCACAUUCCUUACUUCAAGAAAGAAUUAGAGCUGCAUCAGGAGAGAAGACACAAGCUCCCAAUCCCAUAAGCGCAGUUUAUAUAAAUCUUUCAAGCUCUACUAAGCCUCACCAAAAUUUGGAUUUACAAAAGGCUCCGAAUAUCAGUAUUAGAGGUGAGCAGGCAAGUAAUUUCAGAAAGAGGCAAGAUUCUAAGAAAUACAUUCCUUUAAGCACUGUAUAUCUAACAAAUCAGUUAUUCGCUGGUGAAAACACUUCAACAUAUUAUACAAAGACAGGAAAUACUUCUGAGAAGCCAUCUUUGAAAAGGACAAAAUUUAACAGAAAAUCCUUGGUUAAUUCUAGUCACGACAACAUAGCCAUGACUCAAACUGCUGGAUUCAAGAAAAGUUUCAAGACCAAACAGCUACAGAGGGACAUAAUGAAGAAGAAAUCCAGAAUCCACACCAGCAAGUCAGGGCCUGAACAUCUUAUCCAGAAUGCUAGCGAGGUGAGAAGGACAAGGCCAAUCUCUCGUGCUAAGUACUGAUCCCAAAAGCCGUCCAUAAGUUUCGAUAUAUGAAAUUCUUAA